AGUCAAACUGUAGAAAGGACUUGAAAGAUUACUUGAUAUUUGAAAUGUGUUUACUAAACCGUCAACACUAAAAACCAAUCAUUCUGAAAAUUGAAACUGGUAGGCAAAGAUUCUCUGACAACCUUAAUCGAAACGGAACGACCGUUUUCAGAAGCGACCAUCGGUGUUGUACAUACAAUCCCGUUUGUCCGGGACGUCUCUCUGUUCUAGGCGGUGGCAUGUGAGCAUGCAUUUUGUCGUGCCUGCAUCACCGAAUGGCUCUCGCGGCAACCGACCUGCCCCGUGGACCGAAAUCCCAUCACCAACAGCAAUCUUCGUGCCGUGCCAAGGAUUCUGCGGAAUCUGCUCUCCCGGUUGAACAUCAACUGUGAAAACGCCAUGUACGGAUGCACCCUGGUCCUGAAGCUGGACUCGCUGGCCACCCACAUCGAGGAGUGUGAGCACAAUCCAAAGCGCCCGCUGCCCUGCGAGAAGGGAUGCGGCUUCGUGAUCCCCAAGGACGAGUACAAGGACCACAACUGCUUCCGGGAGUUGCGAUCUCUGGUGCACAACCAGCAGCAGAAGAUGAGCGAACUGAAGAACGAAAUCAAUGAUCAAAAUCUGGUGGUCAAUGAACUCAAACGGGAACUCAAUCUGGUGAAAGAUUUUAUGAGGGCGAUGCGCGUAUCAAAUCCCGCGAUGCGGGCCAUCGCCGAUCAGAUGGAGCGGGACGAAGUGACCAGAUGGUGCAAUGGACUGGCGAGGGCUCGAGUCACACGAUGGGGUGGGAUGAUCUCCACACCGGAUGAUGCGCUGCAGUUGAUGAUUAAACGAGCGCUAUCGGAAUCAGGCUGUCCGCCGCACAUACUAGACGAUUUGAUGGAGAAUUGUCACGAGAGGCGGUGGCCCCGGGGAUUAAGCUCGCUGGAAACCCGUCAGAACAACAGGAGAAUCUACGAGAACUACGUCUGCCGGCGAAUUCCCGCCUUUUCGUCAUUCCUGCAGCGGGGAACGAUGGCCACGCUGAACCAGAUGCAUCGCACCGGGCCACAUAUCAAGGAACGUCCCCCAAGGCAGCCGCUGGAUGGGAAACCCUUCGCCAAGGGAGUGGUGCUCAAGACGCUGAUUAAGAAGCCCAAGAAACCGAACUCGGCCAACCGCAAGUGCGUCCUGGUGCGGCUGAGCACCGGCAAGGAGCUGGUCGCCUAUGUUCCGGGCAUCGGUCACAACCUCCAGGAGCACAACAUCGUGCUGGUGCGGGUUGGCCGCAUGCAGGAUCUGCCCGGUGUCAAGAUCAAAUGUGUCCGCGGGGUGUACGACUUGCCGCACGUGAUCAAACAGAAGUAGAAGCUAGCGGCUAGCGAGUGACGUUUUUCCACAAUAAAUCCUGGAGGUACCGUUGUUAGAAUAGUGUAA